UAGUCUCAUCAUAUGUGUGCUUGUAACUUUCUCUCUAACGCAUGUACUCCUAUAUAAUCAGCCCAAGAGGCCUCAAGCAAUACAACCCACGAUUCAUAGCCAUCAAUCCUUCUUACAGUAACCAAAAAUGGGAGGCUCCCCUGGCGGUGUCGAAAUCUUAUCCAGGCGUUUGGUCCGGCCAGAGUCGUCGAGCUCGCCGGACAGGAUGCCGUCCGAGCCGGAGGUCAUUCACUUGACGCCGUGGGAUCUCAGGCUGAUCACGGUGGACCACAUCCAGAAGGGGAUCCUCCUGCCCAAGCCCCGGGCAGGAGGUGCAGCACAAGUCAUCGACAACCUUGCUUCAUCCUUCGCUCGCGCGCUGGAUCUCUUCUACCCGUUGGCUGGCCGGCUCACCGCAUCGGAGGUCACCGACGGUGUGUCCACUCCGAGCUUCGUCAUCUCUCUCUGCUGCAACAACGAAGGUGCUGAGUUCGUCCAUGCCAUGGCGUCUGGGGUCACCGUGAGAGACAUCACCGCCUCCCUGUACAUCCCGUCGGUGGUGUGGUCCUUGUUCCCGCUGAACAGGCUGCUGAGCGUGGACGCAGUGGUGGACUCCCUCCCUGUGCUGGCCGCGCAGGUCACCGAGCUGGAAGAUGGCAUCUUCAUCGCCAUGUCGCUCAACCAUGGCGUCGCCGAUGGGACUGCAUUCUGGCGCUUCUUCAACACCUGGUCGGAGAUCAACCGUAGCAGCGGCGGAAGUGAAGGCUACGAGCUCUCCACACCGCUGCCGAUGGUCGACAGGUGGUUCCUCGACACUUGCCCGGUGCCAAUCCCUCUGCCCUUCGGCAAGCUGGAGGACAUUGUCCUGCGACCGGAGUACACGCCGGUGCGGGAGUGCUUCUUCCAUUUCUCUGCGGAGAGCAUAAAGAAGCUGAAGACGAAGGCGAAUGCUGAGAUGGCCGGCACGGCGACGGCCACCAUCUCCUCGCUGCAGUCCCUGCUCGCCCACAUCUGGCGAGCGGUGUGCCGAGCCCGGCAGCUCGCGCCACACCUGGAGACCGUGUACAGGCUCGCCAUCGGAUGCCGAGGUCGGGUGAAAGGUAUUCCGCAGGAGUACAUGGGCAACGCCGUGACGCUCGGCACCGCCGAAUCCACCGUCGGCGACGUCCUGGACAAGGGACUGGGCUGGGCGGCGUGGCUCCUGAACCGCGUCGUGGCGUCGUUCGACGAGGCGCAGGUGAUGGGCGACCUCGCGUCCUGGGCUCGGGAGCCCAAGCUGGCGCACGCGAGGCCGUCGAGGAACCCUGCGUACGCCGUGACCGGGAGCUCCCCGCGGUUCGACGUGUACGGCAACGACUUCGGGUGGGGCGGGCCGGUGGCCGUCCGGAGCGGCGCCGGGAACAAGCUGGACGGGAAGGUGACCGUGUACGAGGGGCGCGGCGGCGGCGGCAGCAUGGCGCUGGAGGUGUGCCUGUCCCCGGAGGCGCUGGCCCGGCUGAUCGCCGACGAGGAAUUUAUGGAGGCCGUGACCGUGGGCGCCGCGUGAAGCGCACGAUGCCUGUCGUGGUGUUCGUACGGUGCGCGAAAACGAAGUGGCACAAGCAAUCUUUCUGAUUUUU